AUGCCGGAGCUCACUCAAUGCGCUUGUGGUAACUCGAACAGGCUACCAAUACUUGUGAGCGACUUUCCAUCGGGGCUUCCACGAUUUCCCGUUGCCCCGCCCAGGCCUCAGCAUAAUGGGAAGCUUGAAGAGCCAGAGGCAAUGGAUGAGCCUCUCAACCCUUUCGUCCCAGAGGCGACGGAUGGGCUUCUCGACUCCCACAUCACAGAGUUGACAGAUGAAAAUAUUGAUUCCCACAUUACAGUAGCGAUAGAUGGGCAUCUCAACCUUUCCAACCCAGUGGCAAACGAGCCUCUUGACUCCCACGCCCCAGAGGCAAUGGAUAAUCUCAUCGAUCAUUAUAUCCCAGCCGGUGUUUUGGGAAACUCCGCCCUCAUGCCCCGUUUCCCGGACUCCGAUGUAGAGAUACUAGAAAAAGACGAAUGGAUUCGCACACGCGCUCUCAACAACAGCGACAAUGUACAGAUUUUCGUGCUACCAGACGCGCAGCGGACCCACUUGAAGUCAAAGGUCAAGCUCAUAUCCGCUCUCAAACGCGUCAUGUCUAAGAUUGACCGGUCCGCCGAAGCAUGGUAUGGCGUGAUUCCUGCCAAUGCUUCUCUGCUGAUCAACCCUCAACCCGAUAGCGAAGAAGAAGAAUCUUUAUAUUAUAUAUACAAUACGCUGCAACAACCCAAAGCAGACUUGAACCUUGUAAAAGAUCCCAACUCGCGAAAUGUUAUGAGGGAAUUGCUUGAUGAUUCUGUUCGAGGUCUUGAAACGACGCUGUAUGACUUUCAGCGUGAAUCUGCUGCUGCGAUGGUUCAGCGGGAGACACAACCAGCGCUAGCUCUUGAUCCGAGAUUCCAGCAUUGGCGGGGUCCGACUGGGUUGGAGUUCUAUUUUGAUAAGGUGAAGGGGAGAAUCGUGAGAAACAAAAUAUUGUAUCCCGAGGCCUGUGGAGGUGAGUGGUCAUAUAUUCACUGCUAA